AUGCCAAAUGUUUCUCGUGAAGAUGAAUCUAGGAAGGGUUUAGCUGCCCUUAGAAUGUGGAAUAUGGCAGGCUCAAGUAUCAGGAUUGCAGAUGUCAUCAUGGGUUGGCUUGGGAGGAAGGAUGCAAUAGAUCGAAUGCCAUUUUGUGGUUGCUCUGUUGGGGCUGUUGAUGGCUGCCUCUAUGUGCUAGGGGGAUUUUCCAAGGCUUCUGCCCUGAGAUGUGCAUGGCGAUAUAACCCAGUUACAAACUCUUGGAGUGAAUCAAGUCCAAUGUCAAUUGGUAGAGCUUAUUGCAAGACAGGCAUCUUAGAUGAUAAGCUUUAUGCUGUUGGAGGGCAUGCCCUUUACGAAAGCUCAGGUGUUACCGACUGCAUUUUUGGCUGA